AGCUGAGGGAACUGAGGCUGUCGGGGAUCGGACUUCUCCGGAAAGAACUGUGGAAUUUUAGGUUUUUGAAAAGUACUGGAGGUUAGCGAUUACCUAGCUGAGAUCUCUCGUGUUACCCAUGAGGAAACUGAGGCCCGAGGGGAAGUGAUUGACCCCAAAGUUACAGGUGAAGUGCCUCCUUCACUAGCAGUUGUGGUGGAAAACCUCUCCAUUCCUCUCCAGACCUGCAUUUGGGGGUUUCUCCAAGGCCCCCUUCCAUGGGCCAGACGGCCCUGGCAGGGGACAGUGGGACCAGCAGCACCCCGUCCCCAACCCCCUCGUAUCAAGAGUUGUCUUUCCCGGAGGGAUUGGAGGAGCUGCUCUCAGCACCCCCAGUAGACCUGAGUGUACAGCAGCUACAUGGCUGGAACCCCAAGGACUGCUCCGAGAACAUUGAGGUCAAGGAAGAAGGGCUGAGCUUUGAGCGAAGGCCCGUGGCUCAGAGUACCGAUGGAGCCCGGGGCAAGAGGGGCUACUCCAGGGGCUUGCAUGCCUGGGAGAUCGGCUGGCCGCAGGAGCAGAGGGGCACCCAUGCCGUGGUGGGCGUAGCCACGGCUCUAGCCCCACUGCAAGCGGACUGUUACUCGGCUUUGCUGGGCAGCAAUGGGGAGUCAUGGGGCUGGGACAUUGGGCGGGGAAGGCUAUACCACCAAAGCAAGGGAACUGGUGCCCCUAGAUAUCCCACAGGGCUGGGGGACGAACGUCUGGAGGUUCCUGAGAAACUGCUAGUGGUUUUGGAUAUGGAGGAAGGAACUCUGGGUUAUGCCAUUGGAAGUACCUACUUGGGGCCUGCCUUCCGAGGCCUUAAAGGAAGGACCCUCUACCCCGCUGUCAGUGCUGUGUGGGGGCAGUGCCAGGUCCGAAUCCGCUACCUGGGGGAGAGGAGAGCGGAACCUCACUCCCUUCUUCACCUGAGCCGCCUGUGUGUUCGAGACAUUUUGGGGGAAGCACGGCUGGAUGAGGUUUCUGCCCUACCUUUGCCCUCUGCCAUGAAACGGUACCUGCUCUACCAGUGACUCCACCUUCUACAGACUUACCUAUACCAGGGGCCCAGAGCCUCAGCCACAGCUUUGCCUGGAGCCUCUUUUUCUUAAAUGAUAAUAACAAUAUUGUUACAGUUUUGUAUUAGUUUCUAAUUUCAGAUUUCAGAAUAGGGAGUGCAUGAUCAGCAAGGAGGAUGUUUUGUUCCCCUAUUCUGCUCAGAGCAAGACAUUAGCACAAGCCUGGCAUUCAUUCAUUCUUGUCAUUCACCACCUGUCUCCCACUCCUAAGUCCCUCCCCCCACCCUUACUGACUGGAAAGUAAGAUUCUUGCUAGAAACUGUGAAACAGGAAGUUGAAGCAAGAAGCCGGUUGUCAGCUACCCACCCCUUACUGGGACAGAACACCAAGCCACACCCUUUCCAUUUUCAACCCAACCAAUAAGAAACCAUAAACAUGAUGUGCUUCCUUCAAAUUUACAGUUAAUGGAGAAAGGCCUGGUCCACUGGAGGAAGAACUAGGGAGCUGAGAACUGGAGCACACAGGGCAUCUACAAGGUGGAAGGUGGUAUAGAUUGAAGUAGACCAUGGGAGGUGGGGAAUCAAAAUCACAACCACAUGGGAGGGGGAGGGGGUACACCGGACUUGUAUAGCCUACACCUAGUCCAGGCUGGAGGCCUGCGGGGCCACGUGAAGGUCUCAUUUUUUGGCUUGAAUGAUGUCCAGAAAUUCAGGUUUAAGAGAAGCUCCACCCACCAGAAAGCCAUCCACAUCAGCCUGGCC